AUGUCCGGCACCAUCAACAAGGCCAUUGCGCCGGUUCCUACCGCGCAGGAGUUCCUCGAUGUCAUCCUCUCCAAGACCCAGCGCAAGACGCCGACCGUCAUCCGGUCAGGCUUCAAGAUCAGCCGUAUCCGGUCCUUCUACAUGCGCAAGGUCAAGUUCACCCAGGCGUCCUUCGAGGAGAGGCUUGACCAGAUCUUGACCGAGUUCCCGGUCAUGGACAACCUCCACCCCUUCCUCAACUCGCUUCUUAACGUCCUCUACGACAAGAACCACUACAAGCUCGCCCUCGGUCAGCUCAACACUGCGCGCCACCUCAUCGUCCAGGUCGGCAAGGAUUACUGCCGCCUGAUCAAGUUCGGUGACUCGCUGUACCGCUGCAAGCAGCUGAAGAAGGCGGCGCUCGGUCGCAUGGCGACGAUCAUGAAGCGCCAGAAGGACCCGCUUGCGUACCUCGAGCAGGUCCGACAGCACAUGUCGCGUCUCCCGCAGAUCGACCCGACUACCCGCACGCUCCUCAUCUGCGGCUACCCCAACGUCGGCAAGUCGUCGUUCGUCAACAAGGUUACCCGCGCCGAUGUCGAUGUUCAGCCGUACGCCUUCACGACGAAGUCGCUCUUCGUCGGCCACAUGGACUACAAGUACCUCCGGUGGCAGGUCAUCGACACGCCCGGAGUGCUCGACCAUCCGCUCGAGGAGAUGAACACGAUCGAGAUGCAGUCGAUCACCGCGCUUGCACACCUCCGCGCUUGCGUCCUCUACUUCAUGGACUUGUCGGAGCAGUGCGGGUUCACCGUCGAGGCGCAGUGCAAGCUCUACCAGUCGAUCAAGCCUCUCUUCGCCAAUAAGCCGACCUUCAUCGUCAUCAACAAGAUCGACAUUGUCCGCCCCGAAGACCUCGACCCGGAGCGCAAGGCGAUGCUCGACGCCAUCCUUGCCGAGGACCAGGUCUCGCUCCUCUCGCUCUCGUGUGUCUCGGAGGAGGGCAUCAUGGAUGUCCGCAACUCGGCAUGCGAUGCGCUCCUCGCGCACCGUGUCGAGGCGAAGGAGAAGACCCGCCGUGUCGAGAACGUCGCGAACCGUGUUCGUGUUGCCGUACCCGUCCCCCGUGACGGCGUCGAGCGCAAGGCGUUCAUCCCCGACGCGGUCAAGUCGCGCAAGGCGUACGACAAGAGCGACCCCGAGCGGAGGCGCCUCGAGCGCGACAUCGAGGAGGAGAAUGGCGGUGCGGGCGUCCACUCUGUCGACCUCAAGAAGAACUACAUGCUCAAGAACGACGAGUGGAAGUACGACGUCAUUCCCGAGAUCCAGGACGGCAAGAACGUUGCCGACUUUAUCGACCCCGACAUUCUCGCCAAGCUCGACGAGCUCGAGGAGGAGGAGGAGCGGCUCGAGAAGGCCGGCUUCUACGACUCGGAGAGCGACGUCGACUCGGACGAGGAGGCGAUCCGUACGGCUGCCAGCACGAUCCGCGACAAGAAGGCGCUCAUCCGCCUCAAGAACGCCGACAAGCACAAGUUGCAGAACCGCCCGAUCAUCCCCCGCAAGGAGCAGUCCCGCACCUUGUCGGAGAUGACGGAGAAGCUCAAGGAGGCUGGCUACGAUGCGUCGUCGCUCGAGGAGCGCGCGCUGUUGUUGGCCAAGGCGAAGGGGUUGGUUGGUCGCAAGCGCGGUGCCGACAGCGACGACGAGAUGGACCAGGACGAGAGCUUUGCGGACGAGGGCGACGAUGCCGAGAUGGACGUCGACGAGGACGCGCAGGCGAGCAAGAAGCGACGGACGAGCUCGAGCGGCAGCAUCGUCGCCAAGGGCAAGCGCGUGCCGGGCUCGAACCGCCAGCUCGCCGGUCUCAAGGACGACGAGCAGGACAAGAAGGCGAAGCGGCUCCGGUCGCUCGCCCAGCGCGCACCGAACCGCCUCGCCCGCGCAGGAGAGGGCGACAGGCACGAGACGGCUGCCAUCCCCAAAUGGCUGUUCUCGGGCAAGCGCAAGGCGGGCAAGACGAACCACUCGCCCGCCGCCGCCGCUGCACCGGCUGCCAGGCCUCCAGAAGACCACGACGACGACUCUGCAGCCCGUUGGGAGUCGAUCCGCCAGCGCUGGCUCACACCUCGACGGACAAUGAGCGAUGAGGACAAUGACGGCGCGGCUGGCGAGGAGCGGCGUGCAGGGUCGCGGAAGCGCAGACCGCGGGACGCAGUGUUCCAGCAGCGCAUCCACACGCUCGAACAGAUGCUGCGCGCGAGCAACGCCGCCGCAACCGCUCCGGGAGGGUCGGCGGGUCCUGGCGUCGUCCACGCGCCGCCGCCGCCCAUCUUGUCGGUCCCGUCGAGCGCGUUCUUGGGCGUGCAGGAGGACGGCGGGAGCGGCGCGGGCAGCAGCGGCGGGAGUCAGGGCAAGCAGAAGGCGGUUCAGGACGUCGAGGAGGACGAACCGGAUGGUGGGAUGGCGAUACGGGACAGUGGGGCGAAUGGAGCACAGGGUGACCCCGUGCACGAGCUGAAAAAGGUGUCAGAGUCCAUAUUCCUCGCGUUCAAGCAGGGUCGGCCGCUGAAGGAGCCGUUGCCAUUGUCUCUAGUCACCUCGCUUCUCUUCCGCUCCUGGUUCCUCGAUGGCACAAUCCCCUCCAACUACGUCCCCGAACCCGAUCCGCCGAUGCCCGCACAUCGACACUACCUGAACGGACCGACCAACUCUGCCCCGACUUCUGCCUUCGCAACGCCUCUCCUCCGCCCGACUCCGCCUCAACGAACACCCUCACUCCUCGCCACGCUCUCUCAGCAAAACUCGCGUGCCGUUACGCCUUUACCGACUUCUCCGUCCAGCUCGGAGCAGCCACCGCCAAUAGCGGGCUCGCCCAUCCCGCCAGCCGCUUCUCCACCCGAGAAACCAGGCAUCCAGCCUCUCCAGUCGAGCGCCAGUCUCGACGGGAUGGGCGCGUCGAGCGAGAGCGGGAAGCUCAAGCUUGAUGUGCUCAGAGGGAGCAGGUGGCGGACGGAAAGGGAGAUUGCGAGUGGGAGCGACGUGAUCUAG